AUGUUGGAAUUCACGUUCAAGAGAGCAAGUAUUUCUUUGAUUCUGCUGGUUCUGGUUGCCAAUGCUGCAUUUCCUAUCAUCUCUGAACAAACAAUAAAAGAAACAACAUCUCAAAUUGAAGGCAUUCUGGUCUACUCCUCUAAAGAAAACCAUCUGGAAUCGGAAGAGAUAUUAAACAUGACAUUUGCCACAAGUGAAAAUCUUGGUCAAAACCAAUUUUGCUUAGACAGCAAAAGGUUAACAGAUAGACACUUUCAGUCUUACAAAAUUAAUGAAUUUCAGGUUAAUGUCAGCCAAGUGGAAGUGGAAAUAUUGGAUACUCUAACAUUGAAAAUGAUCUUGAAUAUUUCUGGGAAUCUAUCCUGUCACUUGAACUACACUUACCUCCGAACUCAGUGCAAUGUGAAUGACUGCACAAACAACAGUCAAAUAAUUACUAUCACAAUUUCUCGAGUGACAGAAAAGCACAGAGGGAUAAACAUAUUCAUAGUUGAAAGUGCAACCGCUACCUAUACAGUUAGAUUUCCAGUUCUUGUCCUAGCUAACACCACAUCCAUUCUUCAGCCCCUUGACCAGGGCAUCAUCAAGAAUGUUAAGAUGCACUUCAGUCUUCUACGCAUGGUUCUUGGAGAGAUGGCCAAAGCCCAGUUGUUGUCUCAGGCCAGUCAGUGCCUGUCACUGGACACCAUUAUCCUCAGUGCUGAGGAAUACACAGCCACUGACAGUAAUGUGUCCUCCAUUGAGGACUUGAAUGAGGAAUGGAAGGAGCGUCUAAGCAGAGGAGUUUCUACCCGGGACACUCAGGAACAAGACACACAGGAGAAGGAACCCGAAGAGCAGCCUACAACAUCAAAAUCCCCUCUCACUUAUGCUGAUGCACUCACAAAGCCUCAGAAACCAACAGUGACAAUACUGGACACACGUAAACUUGGAUGCACAUCAAAAGGGUACCCUCCACCUAAGUUGAGUUGGAAAGAAGAUUGUUCAAGGGAAUCUGACAGAGUGCCAAGAAUGCCAUCAAUCGUUUUCACAGACGAAUUAUUUCAUCCUAAUGCAUGUUGCUGUGCAAGUAAUGAUCUUGGAAAGGAAUGUUUAACCUUAUACACUCAAGAUCUUGAUAGUAAAUUGAACAACAGCAAUUCUGUUCUGAAUGUUUUCCUCAAAGUUGGUGAACCAUUCCUGAUAAGGUGUGUUGCUUCAUAUAAAAACUACCAAUUCAGGAUAGACUGGACUAUCGAGACAAAGACAACAAAUACCACACAGCCCGUGAAAUUUGAAGAAUCAAAGGUCAUUAAGAACAAACCUGAUUGGAUCAAGUACGGUUAUCUGUUUAUUAGCUCGGUACAUUUGGAAGACAGUGGAUUAUAUACAUGUGCUUCUAAAGAGAAUUCAAACAAGACAAUCAAUUUAACAGUGAUCGAGAAGGGAUUUAUUAAUUCAACGUCUAAAAAGGAAGUCUAUGUUAUUGGUAAAAAUGACUAUGUGUGCAUUGAGGCCACACUGAAUGCAUAUCCACUUGUAAACUGCCAGUGGUAUUUUUUGCAGAAGACCUUUCCCUGUGAGCUUAAGAAUUUACAUGGAAACAGUAUCUCUGUAUCACUCUGUGAUCAUGGACAUAAGCCAGGAAUCUAUGAAUUAUUUGCAGACAACAGGGAAGCAGAAUUUCAGACUUUCUUUACCUUAUAUUUGGAGUCUGUACCAGUUCUUGAGAUAUCCUCAACAAUAAAUCGGCUGUCAUGCAUGACUGAAAGUUAUCCUUUAGCUGAAGUGACGUGGAAACAAUGUGAUGGAGAUCUUUGUGAAAAAAACAUCACUAAAGGCAUUCAGACCACGGUGUCACAUGGAAAAGAAUUUGGGAGCAUGUAUGUAAUCAGUGAGUUGGAUACAAGCACCAUGAAGGAUGGGUGCUUUGUAAAGUGCUGUGUAUCAAAUGCCAUAGGCUCAAUCUGCAAGCAACAUUAUCUCCAAAAGAAAGAGUUCAAUCAAACUAUCUACAGGACAAUUGGAGUUAUUGUUUUCCUUAUGGUCCUGCUCUUUUUAGUUAUGUUGAUGCUCAUUUUGUACAAGUAUAGAAAGCAACCUGGCUAUGAAAGACAUCUCCAUAUGAUACAGAGUGUUGGACCCACUGACAACGACUACAUUUACGUUGAUUUCAGUCAUUUUGAUUAUGAUCUAAAAUGGGAAUUUCCUCGAGAAAACUUAAAAUUGGGGAACAUACUUGGAUCUGGUGCAUUUGGGAAAGUAGUGGAAGCCACAGCAUAUGGAAUCAUCAAAGCAAAUAUUCCUGUCCAAGUGGCUGUCAAGAUGCUGAAGGAAAAAUAUGAACCUUCUGAAAAAGAUGCCAUAAUGUCUGAACUAAAAAUGAUGAUCCACAUGGGGAAUCAUGAAAAUAUUAUGAAUCUGUUGGGAGCUUGUACUGUCUCAGGUCCAGUGUACUUGAUCUUUGAAUACUGUUGCUAUGGCGACCUUCUCAAUUACUUAAGAAAUAACCGGGAAACCUUUCACAAGACCUUGACAGAUGUCUUUGCACAGAACAAUUUUAGCUUCUAUCACAAUCUUCACACUGAUCGUCCAUCCAGCCACCAAGUUGGAAGCUUUCUCCAAAAUGGAUCCUACAUCCCAAUGACUGGUAGGAGUGAUCUUGGCACCUUGUCACUGAUGAGUGAAUGUGAUUUACUGUUUGCCCAAGAUGAACCAACAAGCCCAUUAGGUACAGAGGAAACUAAUGUUCUAAAUGUCACGAGAUAUGAUGAUGAAGACUUGCAGAUUCUGACAUUCGAGGAUCUUCUCAGCUUUUCCUAUCAGGUUGCAAAAGGCAUGGAAUUCCUUGCUUCAAGAAGUUGUAUCCACAGAGAUCUGGCAGCCAGGAACGUGCUGGUGACACAUGGAAAAGUAGUAAAAAUCUGUGACUUUGGACUGGCCAGGGAUGUCAUGCAAGACUCCAACUAUGUCAUCAAAGGCAGCGCACGGCUGCCCGUUAAGUGGAUGGCUCCUGAGAGCUUGUUUGAAGGCAGCUACACAAUUCACAGCGAUAUCUGGUCGUAUGGAAUCUUACUGUGGGAAAUAUUCUCUCUUGGAGUCAAUCCAUACCCAGGCAUUCAAGUGGAUGCAUAUUUCUAUAAACUGAUCCAGAGCGGCUUUAAGAUGGACCAGCCAUUUUAUGCCAAUGAAGAGAUCUACAACGUGAUGCAGUCCUGCUGGACUAAUGAACCUGGGAAACGACCUGCAUUUCAAUAUUUAGUUGCCGUUUUUGAGAAGCAGCUGGCAGAUGCUGAAGUUGCCGUUUAUCACAACACAAAGAGCAAGGCGUGCAUAAACAACUCCAUCUAUAAAAACAUCUCUAUUGGUCCUCAAGAGAAUCCACCCUUCCAGCUUUCAAGUACUGGAUCCUCCCUGAAUGAAACCAUUUCAAUGGCCUAAGAUCCACCAAUCUGUCUUCCCUUUUCCCUGACCCGAUGGAUGCAAAUGGUUCCAUUGGACUCUUGACUGCUUUAGCACAAAACUAAUCAACGACUAUCCAAGCUGCUAACGCAAAGAAGGCUGCAGUUUGUUGAAUCUUUUGAUUUCCUUGUGUCGUAGUUCAGUAGUUUCUGGAAUUACAUUCUAGUCUCACAAAGUAAUGUUUUUGUCUUUAAUGACAAAUAGGACUUCAGAGUGAGGAAAGGCAACUGUAUUGCAGAGGAUUAAUAUUCUGCUUCUUCACUUCUGAGGCCCAGUUUAGAAGCUAACUCAGUAGGAUGAAAGUUUCCUUUCUCUAUUAUAUGUAAAUAUUUCAUGAAUAUAUGUUUUGGUUCAGUCUCAGUUCAGUUCUGAAUAGCCUGGAAUUCGAGACUAUCUUAGCAAACUAACUCAUAUAAGCCAAAGGAAGGCUGGUGCACCAAUUUGAAAAGUGUCACACAGCUGCAGUAAAGGAGUGCUCUUCUGAGGCUGUUACUGAGGCUGGUAUUUGGAUAUACUGUAUAUAAAUUUGUGCUACAUUUAUUUUGCAUGUUUGGUGGCAAAUCACUGCAAUAACACAGUAUAAUUGGGAUCUCAGGCAAUAUGAAUCAUGCUGUAGAAGCAGUAGACAUGAUAGAGGAGUACAAACACCUAGGUGUGAGUCUCACUGGGAUUGCCCCCUAUGGGCUUUUCCAAACUCUCAACCGAGAUCUUUGGAUGGAUCAUUUUUAACAUAUUAAAGAGCCAGUCACAUGGCCAGACAUUCUUUAAUAUUGUUUAAAAAACAAAGACUCAAUUUUUGGUGUUUUGCACAAACCCCAAGGCUUGUUCUUAAUAGAGUUAUGCUGAAGUUAUUUUCCCAAUGCCUAUAAAUACUUGGAUGGCACUUUAUCCAGUUGAGAAACAGGAUUAUUCUGCAUCCAAUCUCAGAAUAUUGAGAUGCGACCUUUGUUUUAUAUGAACUCUUCAGAGGUCCACUUUAUUUGUGCAGUAAAAUUCAACCAUGAGCAAUCAAAUUCCUGUGUUGCAAUUUCUAAACUGUCUUUCAUUCAAGGAUUACUGACUAAAUCAUUGCAAUGUCAUUGUAUUUUAAAUAUGAAAUAAUAGGUAGGGGGUUGGGGGGUGCAUAUUACUGCUCUCUUUGCAAGUUUAAUAUGGGCUUACGCUUCCAUAUUUUUAUAUUGUUUAAGUUGUAUUUAUGUUACUUGCCUAUCAGUAUUUUUACUGUUCUCAGGAAGUACUUAUAGCAUUUGUGUACAUGUGUCACUAAUGCACCUCUUAAGAAUGAGGAUUAAACUAUAAGGGCAUAGAGUGAUACAUACACAAGUCCAUUCAGGGCAAAUGGAGGGAAAUAUCUUCAAUUUGAUAGCAGAGCUUCCCAAAUAAAAUAGGUUAGCUCAUCAGAAUCCAUGGAUCAUUGUAGUGGACAGCACAGUAUUUCACAUCCCGAGCUACUAUGAUGCACUAAGCUUUCUCAAUAGAAUGGAAGACAGAAAUGGCAAAUUGUUGUACCUGUAAUACAUUCAUUUGCUAUUUCCAUUCCUUUUUUUGGUCAGCUGGGUGUCUGACAUAUGCGGAAACCCAUCACCAUGCUUAAGAGUAUCCAGACCAAACUGAAAAUUCCAUGCAUCCCACCUACACAUGGAAAUUCCAGAGACAGAUUGUUGGAAUGGAAUUUCAUUUCCAUUAUUAUCCUCUGUAGUUUAGGAUUGAAGUGCGUUGUUAAGUAUCAUGCUAAUUGUGAACUGUGUUGGGUUGGUAUGGGACACCGGUUCACAUCUGUGACUUCCCCCUUUCACACACACGCACACAUUCAGUGAGUUCCUAUUCUGGUCAGAGUGGAACCUAGUUAUUUCCCCGCAGAGUUGGAGGUAGAAUCGAGAGUGCAGAUAAUCUUGUGCUGAUCUUGAGACAUUUCCUAUCAAUGCUAGCAGAGUGGUUAGAUUGCUACAUGACAUUAGACUGCUCUGAUUUUUUUAAGUGAAUUCGUGCUUCUGUAUUUCUAUUCUGAUAAAACUUUAUAGUAUUUAUAUUAAUAAGAUGAUGCUGAAAAUUGUAAUUUUUUGUAAGUUUACCUUUUUAAUGCAUUUAAAUAAAAUUGGAACU